UGAUCCUUUGGUCCUUUGACUUGUUGACGAUUGCAAUGCUGAAGCGUCGACGGAUAAAUAGCAGAUGGAUGUCGCGUGAGCAGAAAAAGAGAGUCGUUCACUGGUGUCGUGUGCUUCGUUACUGGAAGGAAGAAUCAAGCAGAGUCAGGAUAUAAGAUGGCAAAAAGAGCGUUGGCGCUGCGAACUUCGGUCUUUGUUGGUGCGGCUUGUGCUCUCGAAAAAUCAACCCGCGCCUCGUUCGCGGAUGAUCUCUCCGUCUGGAACAAGCCCAUGGAUUCUCCUGUAUUCCACUCAUUUCUGUCGUGCGACUCUCUUUCCACGGCUGGUCUAUUUCCAACUAUAUUCUUACACAUCUCACGAGUACAGCUUCGACAUGAUACCCGAUUGACCACCAUUCCGAAUCUCGCAGAAAUAAUUCUCGCGUUCGAGAGUCAGCACGACUGUUGCGGCGGUUGGCUUAGCUUUGCAUGUGAUAGUGGGUUCGCGCGACUCUUCCCGAGAUCCCGAACUCUAAAACGGAAGAUCUGAAACUAUGCUCUGUCCACUCGACGACCACCUGAAGGUCGUGUGCAUCCAUGCCAUCCAUCAAGGUGUUGUCAU